AUGCCGAUCGCGUUCGCGGAGGUCACGAACGCGGUGCCGACGACGACGUGCGCGACGACGACGGCGAUACGAGAAGGACACGCGAAGACGACGACGACGACGAGGACGACGACGACGAUGACGACGAGCGCGGCCGCGACGACGCUAAACCCGGAGAAGCUGCACGCCGCGCUGGACGACGUGACGUCGUUCGACGCGUCCAAACGCGACGCCGCGGCGAGCAAACUCGCCGCCGCCGCGGGGAAAGACGCGAUGGCGCUGUGCGUCGCGCUGUUAUCCAUCGCGUGCGACGUCGAAGCGGAAGGACGCGACCCGUCCGCGUCCGCGACGCGACGCCUCGCGGCGGCGACGUACGCCAGGAACACGCUGCGCAAGGCGCGCGCGGGCGACGCUUCCAUCGCGCUGCCGUCGCCGCGCGCGCUGACGAGCGCGGCGUUGCGCGCGCUCGUGAAGGCGCCGAGCGACACGCGAAGGCUCAUCGCGGAUUGCCUCUCGAUCGCGACGACGACGUCGUCGUCGUCGUCGGGAGACGCGUCGUCCGGCGACGCCGCGGCCGCGUUCGCGGCGUCAUCCUCCUCCUCCGACGACGCGGCGUCGUCAGAGCUCGUUCGCGAGGUCGCGGCGCUGAUAAAGGCGGGCGCGGGCGAUGAUACCGUAAACCCCGGGGGGCUCCUCGCGACGCACGCCGCCGCGGCGCGGUUCCAAUACUUUCGCGACUUGACCGCGGCGAAGGAGGCGACGCCUGCGGCGCUCGAGACGCUCGCGGCGGAGGUCCUCGCGCCGGUGAUCGUCCCCGCGUGCGCCGCCGCGGCGAACGCGCUGCGCGAAGGAUGCGAAGGAGGAGGAGGGAAAACGCACGAGCGCGAUGCGUUCGCGUUCACCGCGCGAGUCGGGUUCAAGACGCUGUUUCGCGCGACGCGCGCGCACGCGCCCGCCGCGCUCUUCGACGACCCCGCGACCCUCCGAUCGAUCUGCGACUCGAUCGAGACGACGUGCGCGGGCGCUCCCAUUUUGAAAGAAGAAGAAGACGGAGACCGCGACGCCGAUCCGGGGUACUGGACCGCGGCGAAGCGCGCGCUGCGACUCGCGACGACGCUCGCGGCGCGGCACUCCGCGAAAAUUUCCGCCGAGAACUUUUCGUCGCUCGCGCGCGCGGCGAUCGCGGUUGCCUCCGCGCCGCCUCAGAUCGCCUCGCCGUCCUCCGUCGCCGCCGCGUUCGCGCUCCUCGAGUCCAUCCUCGACGUCGCCGGGGCGCCUCAGCGCGGCGGCGGCGGCGCGGCGGCGGCGGCCGCGGGCGAGCUCAGGGCGAGGGCGUGGAGGGCGCUCACCCGGGGCGUCGACGGGGCCGCGAUGGACGCGACGGACGCGACGCGCGCGUUGGUCGAGUUGAUCGAGUCGUGCGUGAAACCGCACGUCUGCUUGACGGACGCGGACGAGGCGUCGCUGCGGGAGGACCCGGAGGAGUACGCGCGCGUGAACGCCGUCGGCGAGGCUGCGGUCGGGGACGCGAUCGAGGACGCGCUCGCCGGCGGCGGCGGCGGCGGCGGCGGCGCGGCAACCGCGAGAGCCGCCGCGUUGGAUUUCGUGCGGUCGCUCGUGACGACGGUCGCGCCGUGCGACGACGCCGCGGUCGCCGCCGCCCCCGCGGGCGGCGGCGGCGGCGGGGGGGGGGGUAAGAACAAGCGCAAGCGCGACAAGGCGGGGAAGGAUGGCGACGACGACGACGACGACGACGAAGGCGGCGGAAAAAAACCGCCCACCGCCGGCGAGCUCGCGCUCAAAGCCGUCGUGGACGACCUCCUCUCCCGCGCGCCGAGAGAAAAACUCGAGGGGAAGGUCUCCAAGGCCGCCGCCGCGGCCGGCGCGGUGACGACGUACGCCCCUCCCGGCGCGGAGGCGGCGAUGGGGCGCGCGACGUACGUCGGUUUAUUCGCGCUCCACGGCGCGCUCGCGAGCGCGGCGAAGACGCGCCGACGUCAGGCGCCCUCCGCGAGCGCGCUGCGGCAGUUCCUCGCGAGGCAGAGCUUCCCCGCGAUCGCGGCCGCGGCGUCGCCGCACGUCGUCGUCGCCGCGUGCGCGCACGUCGACGCGGUGAGCGGCUCGAUGAGGGACGAGCGCGUCGCGAGGGAGGCGGCGUCGGCGUUGAUCGCCGCGCUCGAGCGACGCGUCGACGCUGACGUGGACGCUGACGUGGACGCUGACGUGGACGACGAGGACGCGUGGGCGGUCGCGAGGGAGAUCGCGUCGUGGACCGCGCGGUCCGUCUUCGCGGACGCGC